AACACACGUUGACAGUUAACACUGACAGUUAAGAGCAUGUCUUCUGUUGAGAUGGCAUUAUUUUAAUUUUAGUGAAUUAUUGAUAGAAAUUGUAAAAGCUUGCCGGCUAUUUAAAUAAACAAAUGUUUCGUUUAUAACAUAAACUGUGUAAUAAAAUGUGUUAAACAUUUUAUGUGACCAAUCAGACUGUUCAUUGUGAUUAUUUAUGUAAUAAUUUUAUGACUGUAAAAGAAAUGUCUCUGAAAAUAGCAGUUUCAUUUUUAUGCUUGUGCUUAUUGGAAAGCGCUACCGGCUUGGGAGAAGUAAUAUACGCUAUAAACGCUGGUGGGCCAGCUCAUACCGAUAUAUACGGUAUCCAUUAUGAGAAGGAUCCCUUGCAAGGAAGAGUGGGCACUGCUUCAGAUUACGGGAAGCAGCUUGUUAUGAUUGGAAGAGUAAAUUCUAAGGACGAAAUACUAUACCAGACAGAAAGAUACCACCACAGUACCUUCGGCUACGACAUCCCAGCUAACAGAGAUGGCGAUUACGUGUUGGUUCUAAAGUUUAGUGAGGUGUACUUUAAUGCACCCAACAUGAAAGUGUUCGACGUUGUUCUUAACGGUGACCAUACUAUUGUAGCUGAUUUAGACAUUUUUGACAAAGUAGGCCGCGGCAUAGCUCAUGAUGAGUAUGUACCUUACUCUAUUAGGAACGGUAAACUUUAUUAUAAUGACGAAGAGUCUGACAUAAGAGGCGGGAAAAUAAAGGUUGAAUUCAUUAAAGGGUAUAGAGAUAAUCCAAAGAUUAAUGCCCUGUAUGUUAUAAGAGGAACAAUAGACGAAGUUCCUAAGUUACCACCGAUAGUAUGGCCGGAAGCAGACCCUGAGGAGCCUAGAGAAGAAGUGGAAGAAAAAAGCACAAAGUCUCGACGAGCCAGUGGACCCAAACAACCUGACCCUUAUUCUCUGGACGACAGCUCUGUGCUAAUCCCAGUGUUUAUAACGAUGGGUGCCUUUAUACCGCUGUUGUUUUGCCUCUGCAGAUUAUAAGUUUUAUUUAUUAAUCUUGGUAAAAAUGCUAACAAUGUAUAAUCAUAGAAAUUCAGUAACAUUUCAGUUAUUUUUAUUUUUUUACUAUAUUUAUAAUUUUCUAUGUAAGAGUGUUACCUUGUGACAUCAAUAAAUUAAUUGCUUAUUGUAUGUAGUGUAUAAUCUCAUAGUAAUAAUUUUUGUUAAAAACUUAUGAAUGAUUUAUAAUUAUUGUUAGCAUAUUCACCAGCAAUUAUUGUUGUUGAUCUUAUUUUACAUAUGCUAAAUAUGUUUGAACUCUUUUGUAUUUCUUAGCUUUGUUUUUUUAAUUUUAUAGUUAUAUUAUAAAUUCACUAAAUUAUAUAAAACAUGUUUCCCUAUGUUGUCUAAGCUCAAGCCAAAUAGUACAAAUUGUGAAAAAUUACUAGUACCCGUCCCAUAUAGGAUAUACUUCUAGGAAACAUGGGGUAAGGGCAUGCCAAAGAUCCCUUAGAUUUUAGCAUGGGUGUCUAGCAGUAAACUUUAACAGUAACAAAAAACUAAUUGCGAUAAUUCCUAAUAUUUUAUCAGCACUGUUCUCCUGUUGUAAAAAUUCAUAGUUUUUAUAGCAACACUUACAAUUAUUGAAUAUCUAAAAUUAAACAAUAAUAAAAAAAUUUACAAUCUCAUUUUUCUUUUGUCAGGGGCUUUUACAACACUACCAGGUUGUUGGGCAUUGACAAUUUGGCAUUAACAAGUUUAGUGCUAGAUGCCCAAGCUCUUAACUUGAUCUUUACACUUGCUACAUUAUAUUUGUAAAAAAACAAAAAAAUAAUACACUUGCUUCUUUUACACAGUAGAAUAUAAAAUUAAUCUCUUUUAUUGUCACAAUAUGAAAUAUUCAUUAAAAGGUUGAGAUUUCCCUAUCAUUUAACUUAACAACAUAAAAAUGUAUGCUUCAUGUUCAACUUUAAGAUACAUGAAUAAUACAUGGCAGACUAUUGAAAAAACUAAGAUCAUAGGGUAACCUACUACCUGAAAUCAAUUAUUUUGAAAACAAUAUGGCAUUAAACAAAAAGACAUUUAAUGCAUACCUAUGGAUUUUUUAUAAUAAACAAAUUAUGAAUUACAGCAUUAUGACUUAAUAGUUAAAUACAUUCACUAUAUCUAAGUUGCCUAAGUAGUCUGAGAAUUAUUAUCUGGGCUUACUUAAGACAUUAAAAAUAUUGGUUAAUCUUUUGGUUAAUUAUUAACGCUUUAAGUAAUUAAGAUAAUUUCUGUGGUUGUAAUUUAUUUAAAAUCUAUUCAUUUUAUUGUAAUUUAGUAUUUCAGUGGAUACAGGAAUCCAGGUGGUCAAAUGUAGGAUCUCAAAUAAUAUUUCAAAAUGGGCAUUUUUAUCAUGUCUCUACCCAUAUUACGAGCAUGUAUGUAUAAUUAAUUGUAUAAGCACUCUUAACUCCAGAUGCACAAAUAAUAUAACUUAAAUAAAUUAUUUGAAAUAA